AUGUUAUACAGAGCUACUAGCAGCAUCACUAGUCGGUUCUCUGAUAAAAUGAGUGCAAGUGUGCCGGUUGAGGUAGGCACAAGGGGAACUGUAGGAUCACUUUUGAAGAAGGAGAUUGAGUAUUUUAGAAGACUCGAGCCGGAUUGUAGAGGAAAUUCUAAUAACAAAUCCCAGAAGAGUACAGUGGAAAUAAAUUCGGGUGGUAGCAGUUCUUGGCCUAGUUUCGGGUUCUUGACGAUGAAAUGGAGAAAGAAGAAGAGAAGAGGCAAUGGUGGUGGAUUACCUGCAAUGUGUUCUAUGGUUGAAGUUUCUGAGAACUGUAGGAUGAAUGAAAUCCCAGGGUUCAGUUAUAGAAAUCUUAAGGUUGAUUCUAAGAGAUUUGAGGAAGAAGUAACACUCUCAUAG